AUGGUUUUUUUAAAAUACUACAAUCUAGAGCUUUUUUUCUGUGCAAUAUUUUUUAAUUAUUUAGGAGCUUCAACAAAUUCACAGCCUUUGAAUCGAAGGACACAUCAUUCAAAGGAUUAUAAACAUCAUUCUAAUUCAAACGUUAAAAAUUUAGAAAGCCAUGAACCAUAUAUGGAAAACAACUCGCACAUGAACCAUGGUAGACAAAAGAGGGGGAACAAAGCGAUGAUUGAUGGAGCGGCGCAUAAUACGCACAGUGGUAGUGAUAGUAAUAAGCACAAUAGUAGUGAUAGUAUUAAGCACAAUAGUAGUGAUAGUAUUAAGCACAAUAGUAGUGAUAGUAUUAAGCACAAUAGUAGUGAUAGUAUUAAGCACAAUAGUAGUGAUAGUAUUAAGCACAAUAGUAGUGAUAGUAAUAAGCACAAUAUCAGUGAUAGUAAUAAUCACAAUAGUAGUAAUAGUAAUACGCGCCUUAGCAGUGAGAGGGUUACGCACGAUAUUAGUGAGAGUGGUGUGUACCACAAUAUUGAUGGAAACAACAGCAACAACGGCAAACAUAGUGCGCAUAGACCCCUUCGUAGGAGGAAUGCCAUUAGACUAAAAAAAGGGAACCCGAACUCACUCAAUACAGCACAACAGGAGGCUUUAAUUCCUUUUCAAAAUGAAGAUAACACUCAAGAUGGUAUAAAAGGUGUAAAGGUAUUUUUCCCAUCAUUUACAAAACAUAAUAAAAAAAAGAAUAUAUCAUUAAACAAAAAAGACAUUGAAAGUUCUAAUAUCGAAUUACAAAAUAAAUUAAAUUAUUCCAUCAAUCCAACUUUAUCUUUAGUUGCUUCCAAAGCUAUUGAUGGUUUAUUAGGAGGCGUACAUAAACACAUGCAAGGACCUUUUUCUUUAGAUAUAGAUGGGUCUAAUAAUUCCCCAUUAGCUCCUCAAAUAGUUACUCCUAAUUUAUACUCAAAUGUUAAUCCACCUUUUAACAUGAAUAAUGGUAUACCACCUUCUGGGGCACCUGUUCCUACCCGUCCAAUCACUUCACCUCAAGUUGCAGCAGUUCCAAGUCCUACACCUAAUCCGCCAAAUAUACAACCCACAGUUAGUAACACAGUAGGUGGAACUGUAGGAGGGACAGCAGGAGGGGCAAUAGGAGCAGUUGCUGGGGCAGCACUUGGAGCAGGAUUACGAGGGGGUUCUCCUGCUACUGCAGCUGUAAAUGGAACAGCAUAUCCACAAAUGAAUGUACAGAAUCUUAUGUCGGCUAGUCAAUUAGCGCAAAAUCCUAAUUUUAAUAUUCAUCCUACAGGAACUAACUUAAGGGAUGACCCUGGAAAUGUUAAUUAUAAUGAAGUGGUUACCAUAACAAUUGGUAUUGUUAUAUGUCUUAUCCUCUUUUGCUUUAUUUUUGGCUGUUUGAUGAAAAUGUGCAAGCCUGCAAAAAGGAGGAGGUAG